AUUCGAUGGGAUACUAUAUAAGACAAUAACGUUAUAUUUCUUAACAGAGACUGUCCAGGAUGAAGUUGGGUGGAGUUAUAUUCGUUCUAUGUUGCGUGGGAGCUCUUGGAUUUAAUGGAUAUCGAAGGUCACGUGGUGAAAAUCCAACGCCAAUCGGUGGGGAAUUGCCACAGUUCGAAUCGGAGGAAUUCGAAACUAAAUCGAUGAAAUCUCCAUAUCCAGGAAACGGUGGUGGACAAAAUAGUGAAUAUCGCCGUACAUACGCAGGACGUGACAUGAUGGGACUGGAUGGUGAAAUAUCGGUCACUGGACAGAGUGAACAGACAUCUGGACAGAGUAACUUUGGACCGAGUGGUGAAAUAUCUGACGAAAAUACUCCCGAUCUAAGUGGUGAAAUAUCUUACGAAAAUACACCCGAUCUAAGUGGUGAAAUAUCGGACGAAAAUACACCCGGACUAAGUGGUGAAAUAUCUGACGAAAAUACUCCCGAUCUAAGUGGUGAAAUAUCUUACGAAAAUACACCCGAUCUAAGUGGUGAAAUAUCGGACGAAAAUACACCCGGACUAAGUGGUGAAAUAUCGGACGAAAAUACACCCGAACCAAGUAUCGAAAUGUCUAGCGAAAGUACACCCAUAUCUUCGCCUACCCCAAGUAUUUACAAUUUUUUCCGUAGAAAAAGUGGUAAACCAUUUACCCCAAGUUCAAGUGGUGAAUCGGGUUCCAGUGAGGAUGAAUCUGGAGAAGACAAAAAUAAAUGCAUGAAACCUGAAUUUUAUAAACUGCUUUCAGUGUUUAGAAGAUUUCCCAACACGGAUAGCAGAGAAAUGAAUGGUUAUGAAGCUGUUGUGUAUGAACCUUUCUUAGAUCAAUUUUGGAACACCAAAGAUAAGGUUGGUCUAGAUCAAGCCCUGGAUAUUUUCAUGAAGGACUUUUCCAGGUCACUUUUUGUAGAGCGUUACCGGUGUAAAGGAACACAAUUGAAUCAAAUAUUAAUCUCUAUUUUGAAGAAUAGAAGUAACCGCCUCAUGUCAGAAGGAAAGAAAAGUAUUCAGUCUGCAGUUGAUCAGAUAAAGCCAAAAUCAAAUGCUGCACAAUAUUCAAACAAAGAUCGAUCUGAUAUGAAAAAAACCAGAACAAAUGAUAGAGAAAUUGUUGGAAAAGCUUUUAAUGUGCUCAGAGAUGUAUUAUAUAAGAAUUCAAUCAAUCAUCUUGAGACUCGGGAACUUGGUGAUGUCGCCUGCUAUCUUAGAUUUGUUAGAGAAAACAUAAAAAAGGAGGCCGAGGCUGACGAUACAACAUUACAACAGAUUAAACAGCAGUUAUCUGAUUGGUCAACCAAAGAUUUCCCGGAAGUGUUUCAAUGUACAUACCCUCUUAGUGUCGUCGAGAUCUAUGAGGAAAAUUGGAAGAUGAUUAAUCUCCCAGAAGAGAAAAACGAACUAUUCCAACUAGUAAGUCGCUCUUUGAAGAAAUUUAUACCAAAAUAUCGCCAGCCAUUACAAAUUGUUUUAUCAAGAACAAUUCAGAAGUUUGUAGUGAGAGUUUUUAAGGAAUUAAAGCCAUUCCAUGAUGUACAAUCAGCAGAUGAAAUGGUUGGAUUCUUUCAGAAGUUUUUACCCUCGGAUAAACUACAAUUUGCUGAAAAAUUGAUUCGAAGUUUGGAUAUUUUUGGUAAUAUGGAAAUGUCUAGCGAGAGUACACCCAAGUCUACGCCUACACAAAGUAUUUACAAAUCUUUCCGUAGAAUAAAUGGUAGGAAAACUACCCCAAGUCCAAGUGGUGAAUCUGGAUCUAGUGAGGAUGAAUCUGGAUCAAGUGAAGAAAAAGAUAAAUGCAUGAAACCUGCUUUUUAUAAACUGCUUUCAGUUUUUAGAAGAUUUCCCAACAUGGAUAGCAAAGAAUUAAAUGGUUAUGAAGCUGCUGUGUAUGAACCUUUGUUGGAUGACUUUUGGACCAAGAAAGACCAGAUCGGUCUAAAAAGAGCAUUGAGACAGUUCAUGCGGGACUUUUCAAAGUCUCUUCUUACAGAGCGUUAUAAGUGCAAAGGAACCCAAUUGAAUCAAAUGAUGAUCGCUAUGUUGAGGAAUACCACGUCUAAAUUCAUAUCAGGAGCAUGGAAAGAGAUCCAGUCAGUAAUUGAUAAAAUGGGAACAUCAAAAUCCUAUGCUAACCCAUCAGUUGAUGAAAGGAGGGCAAGAGGUGGAAAAAAUGAUAUGAAAGACCCAAAUUCAAGGCGUGGUAAAAUUGUACGAAAAGUUUUUUGGGUGCUCAAAAAGGUUUUACGUCGAGAUGUAGCUGAUCAUAUGGAAACGGAGGAACUCCACGAUGUAGCCUGCUACCUUGAAUUUGUAAGGAAAGAAAUCAGAAGUGAGGUGGAGACUGGAGCAUCUUUAGAACAGAUUAAACACCAGUUGGCUAAAUGGUCAACCCAGCUAUACCCGGAUGUGUUCGAAUGUACAGACCCUCGUCGUGUCGUUGAUAUCUACGACGAAGAGUGGCGUGACGUUAACCUACCAGAGGAAGAAAACAAGCUGUUCCAACACUUCAGUAAAAUUUUAAAGAAGAUUGUACCCAAAGUUGGAAAAGGACGCCAGUCUGUGACAAAAGUUGUGGAUAGUUUACAUAUUACUUUAACAAGGACAAUUCACAAGUUUGCAAUGAAAGUUAUAACAGAACUAAAGCCCUUCCUUGAUGCCAGGUCGACCAGUGAAAUGCUUGCAUUCUUCAGAAAGUUUGUAUCCUCAGAGAAAAUGCAAUUUGCUGAAAAAUUGAUUCGAAGUUUGGACAUCUUUGACACACCAACCAUGGCUCCCACAGAAGCGCCAACCAUGGCUCCCACAGAAGCGCCAACCAUGGCUCGCAGAGAAGCGCCAACCAUGGCUCCCACACAAGCUAAAACCAAGGCUCCCACACAAGCUAAAACCAAGGCUCCCACACAAGCUCCAACCAAGGCUCCCACACAAGCUCCAACCAUGGCUCCCACGCAAGCUCCAACCAUGGCUCCCAAAAGAUUUAACUACCAAAAACGAUACAUUCUUCAGAAAAUUAAGGACUAUCUCAGCAAGAGACGUCAGUUCGAGUAAUACCAACGAACCAGUCUCGGAUAUAUUUUAAUAAAAAAUAUAUAAAAAGA